AUGCCUCCAGUCCGCACCGCACGCGCCUCACGCAAGGCCCCGCCAGAGGGCUUCGAUGACAUUGAAGACACACUCCUGGAGUUUCAGAACAAGAUGAAGGAUGCCGAGAACGCAUCCCACGAGGGCAAGAAGAAGUACGAAAUGACGUGGCCCAUCUUCCAGAUCACCCACCAGCGCUCGCGCUACAUAUACGACCUAUACUACGAGAAAGAGGCUAUCAGCAAGCAGCUAUACGACUACCUGCUCAAGAACGGAUAUGCAGACGCUAUGUUGAUUGCCAAGUGGAAGAAGCAAGGCUACGAGAAGCUGUGCUGCACACGCUGCAUUCAGACCAAAGAGACAAACUUCCGAUCGACCUGUAUCUGCCGUGUCCCCAGGGAUCAGCUCACGGAGAACCAGGAAAUCCAAUGCGCGAACACGCCUUCGAUAUGUUACGGAUACUGCCAGGGUGGACUUAAAAGAUGCGCACAUACGCGCGCACGGUUGAGCAAGGCCUUGUCAGCAGGCAUAACGCCUCAAGAUGCUGAACCAGACAGACCAAAGAGAUCAUGUGCCGGGGCUCAUUUGAGAACAUGGUGGCCAAAACAAAAGCAUAGGAGAAAAGUGAGUGAAUGA